UAAUGUAUUCAUUAUUUUGCAUAAUUAAUUUUUCUAGUGUGAGCAACAUUACUUUAAAUUGUUAAAAAUUGACACUUUCUUACAGAAAAGAUUUCAAGCAGUUGAAAUUUUUUUAGACAUAUUCCACAGAUGUUGCCUCAAAAACAACUGAAUGCCAAAAAAUACAUCAUUUUGCUGGGUCUCUGUGUGCUGGCAUUUCUACCAUUUCUACGAUUUAUCAUAACUGGUUCGUCGAAUAUGGGGCACUGUAUAUUUUGUGAGAUUUCUGCGGGAAAACAACCAAAUACUGUGAUUGAUUUUGAAAAUGAGGACUUUGUUAUAUUCAAAGACAUAAAGCCGUCAUCAACUUAUCAUUACUUGGCUGUUCCAAAGCGGCACGUAGAGAGUUUGAAGUCACUGACAAAGAAUGAUAUAGGAUUAGUGAACAGCAUGGAACAAGGUCUAAUGUCGUUUUUUGAAAAGAAUAAUAUCACCACAACAGAUGCUUUAUUUGGUUUUCACCUACCGCCUUUCAUUACCGUAAAACACUUGCAUAUGCAUGGAAUAGCUCCGCGAUCCACGAUGUCCUUUGUACAUAGGAUGAUGUUCAAAACUGGAUCCGCGUGGUUCAAAACGGUUGAAGAGGCGCGACAAUAUUUGCAAGAAAAAGCAUAGAUGCUGCGUGUAUAUAUAAAAUAAACAAUAUGUAUUAUAAAAUUCAAUACAUAUAUAUUUUUGAGAAACCGAUGAGAGUUUAAAAAUCAAAAAAUACUUCAAGUAUCAAGGAAGAAUUUAUUUGAGUCUAAAGGACUAGGUUUAGGGUGUAAUUGUAGGGUUAUUGCCAGUGAUAUAUUAUUUGAAUAAUUAUUAUACAUAAUUAUAAAUAAAAAUUAAUUUUUAAAGCUA